AGCCUCUCACAGAGCCAUUGGCAGCAGCAGCAGCAGCAGCAGCAGUCUGACUAUCAGCUCUGACAGACACAGUGUUUUUUUUCCGGACGGUGAUGGUGGUGUGGAGCUUCUUUCCCGGAUUGGACACUUCUUAUCCCGGUGUGGUUUUAGGUGCACUGGGUGUCAGGGAAGGAGCAUCACUGCGCACAGAUCUCUCUGACUGAUUCCUGCCAUGCAUCCGCAUCAGGGGAUUAUUAUGGGUCAUAUACAGCUUCUUAUGUCCUUUGAUGUGUGAUCAUUACACCAUGUUUUUUCCUGAUUUAUCAGACAUAUUUACUAACAGAACAUCAUCUCAUUGCUGGCAGCCUACCUGUGUCACAUCUCUGCAUGCAAGCUGUGUUUUGUAGAUUUUUUUUUUUUUUGCAUCUGCAUCAUCACCAUGCCUCUCCAACGCUGGCUGCUGACAUAAAAACACCGACAUGGAUCGUGGUGGGAGCCGGGCUGCGACGGUGGGAGACGGUGCAUCCAACCUGACAGCAGCAGCUCACAUCUGGCUGGAGCUCCUGAACGCAUCCAGUCCUCCGACACGCUGGAGCAGCAGCAGCCCAGCUGCAGCAGAGGGGACCGGGCUGGAGGAGCAGCAGAGACUCAUCCGAGAGCAAGCCUACCGGGACUUCACCACCACCAUCCAGGUCUUCAUCCUCAUAGGGUCGCUGCUCGGUAAUGCCACGGUGUUGUGGUGCACCUGCUGCACGAACGUCUUCAAGUCCGUGACCAACCGAUUCAUCAAGAACCUGGCGUGCUCGGGUAUCUGCGCCGGCCUGGUGUGCGUUCCCUUCGACGUGGCGCUCGGAGCCAGCCCUCGCUGCUGCUGGUGGCUUCACACUCUGGUGCUCUGCAAGGCCAUCAAGUUCCUCCAUAAGCUCUUCUGCUCCGUUACUGUGCUCAGCUUCAGUGCCAUCGCACUCGACAGAUACUACUCUGUGCUGUACCCGUUAGAGAGGAAGAUCUCAGAUGCAAGAUCCCGAGAUCUGGUCAUCUACAUCUGGGUCCACGCCACGGUGGCGAGCCUUCCCGUGUUCGCUGUGACCAACGUGACGGACGUGUACGUCACCUCGUCCUGCUCCGACGACCACGCCCGCUCCCUGGGCCACAUGGUGUACGUGUUGAUCUACAACGUCACCACGCUGAUCCUCCCCCUCAUUCUGGUCUUCCUCUUCAUGCUGCUGAUCCGCAGAGCGCUCAGCGCCAGCCAGAAGAAGAAGGUGAUAAUCGCGGCGCUGCGGACUCCCCAGAACAGCAUCUCCAUCCCGUACGUGUCCCAGAGAGAAGCUGAGCUGCACGCCACUCUGCUGGCAGUGGUGCUGGCUUUCUCCGCCUGCAGCGCCCCCUAUGGGGCCUUGGUGGUUUACCGCACCAUUUUGGCCGACACUAAAGAGCUGCCCAUCUUACUGUACCUGACGGCCCUCUGGUUACCGAAGGUGUCCCUGCUCACCAACCCGCUUUUGUUUCUGACUGUUAACCGCUCAGCUCGUCACAGCUGGCUGGACCUGCUGGCCAGGAUUCACAGACGUUACAGCCGCCGUAACGUGGUCAGCACCGGCGGUCUGGACUCUUUAGGAGCAGAGGGUGCCAUCGGGGAGCCGGUGGGACUGGAGACGGCCGGCCGCUCUGGGAGCCAGCUCUUAGAGAUGUUUAACAUCGGCCAGGCGCAGAUCUUCAGGCCCGCUGAGGAAGACGGGGAAGAAGAGGAUGCAGAGAAUGACAUCCCGUCUCAAGGAUCAGGAGGCUCUGUACCUAAAGAGGACCUCAAGAGUGGCUCGAGACUGGGGAGCCUCAGAGGGGAGGUGAUCACCAGAAAGGACCCUCAGCAGGGGACAGGAGGAGGGCUGGUCAUCACUAAGGACGGCCCUCCUUCGGUCACAGCACCGCGGGCCUCUCCGGUCCACACGUGUGCUUACGCCUCCUCAUCUCAGGUGGCUCCGGCUACACCUACGGAAGCCGAGGACUCCACGCAGUUCGGCUUCGGACCCUUCGAGCUGCCGCCUCAGUGGUUACCAGAGACCAGGAACAGCAAGAAGAGGCUGCUGCCUCCGCUGGGCAACACCCCCGAGGAGCUGAUCCAGACCAAACUGCCCAGGCCGCGGCCUGAACGGAGAAUCAGCAGGAACAACAAGGUCAGCACCAUCCCCACUGUGGACCCGUGAGCAAUCCCUGCUGCUGCAUGGCCUCUGAUCUGCAACGCCGCACACAACUCAUUACAGGGUAGGCCUAUUGGGUCGGCCAGGCCUAAGCAGGAUAUUGAUAUGUCGAGCUUUGUCAGACGCAGUAUUGUAGAAGUCCAGGUUUUACUGCACAAAAGAUAGACACCAGAAUCAAUUUGAUAUCAUAUAUUUACAAUGCUGUGAGAAAAAUGUCCAACUUCACUACGACUUGGAUCCAAUCCCAUGAUUAAUUAAGGACUCCUACAAUGAUUAUUGAGAAGGCAGACACCUUUUUGAAUCUCCCUGUUUUGAUUAGAGCCGGCGUCAGUAGUUAAAUGAACACACUGUACAAAUCCAAUUAUCCUGAGAGAUGCACUGAUACCGAAUAAUAUAUUUCCAUAGCAAAUAAUCAAGCGAGGAUAUUGAACCUCCUAACAAAACAUUUUGUAAAAUGGUUACGCUGUGAUUGCACUCUGUAAAUGAACACAUCUCGGUGUCGGUCCUUUCACUCAACCCUUUGUGGGUCUGUUUUUUGUAAUGUUUUACUUCACGUUUUGGGAUCAACUCGCCCUUUUAAUGACACAUUUUUUCAAGUCUCACUUUUGGAUAAUAUUCGCAUUUCUUCUAAUGUAUUAGAUGUUGUUGUCAUUUGUACUUUAAAUGUACGUGGAUUUGAUAAAGAUGAAACAUGCGGAUGUACUGUAUGCAAAUACAUGUUAUAAAAAUGUGAAAUUUUCAGAGUUGUUUUCUGGAACAAAAAGUGCAUCGAAUAUAAAAUGGAUGAAUAAGUAAGAAAAGAAAAUCCAGGUCGGGCAUCUUUUAGUCCGCUUAGAUCAAUAUUAUUGAUUUCUCCCAGAAAAAAUCAAUUGCUCAA